CAGCCCAACUCAUUCACCUUUGAAUGCUUGCAAGCUUUUAUUGACGCUCCUCAGUUGCUUCGAUAGAACCGAGGUUAUCGGUCAGUUCUCAAAUAUGGCUGUUCAUCUCUUGUCUUGGUCGUCUCCAUUGCGCACCUUCGGGUCGACCAUGAACUCCAUGGUUGCAAGCCGGUGGAAUUCGACUCUCGCAACAGAAGGCGCUGCUUAUCAGCGUGCUACCAACGCUAAUCAAAGACCAAGAGUAUUCAGCCGUCGUCGUGUACCGAACCGCCAAAAGUUCAUCGAAGACCAAAAGGCCCAAGGAGAGAGUCGAAUUUUAGAGAAAUACCAAACUCGCGAUUGGCGAGCAGGCGAUAUUUACACACCUCAUGAUCUCAGCGCUGCCGAGAUGAAGAAGUGGAGGAAGCGCUACAGCCCAGCCACAGAUGCUUUUGAUUCUUUGAACAUGAACCCGCUAGACUUGUACAAGAACUUCUCGAUCAUGUCCGAGUACAUCACCCCAAUGGGGCGUAUAAAGCAUAGAAAUACAACUGGUUUACGACCUGUCAACCAACGGAAGAUUGCAAAGGCUAUCCGAAGGGCUAUUGGCCUUGGUCUGAUGCCUAGUGUCCAUAGACAUCCAGAGAUCCUGGCAGCGGAAUUGAAGGCGAAGACUUCAUUUGGGCGGCUAGUCCUUCUACAACUAGGGGCCAGCCCACUCAUCUCUCAUCGGAUGCCAAAGGCGAACGACUUGCUUAUGCGGCUCAAGGCCAAUAAAUCCAUAUUCUUGCGUUCAAUCGACGACCCCGCUCUCGCGAGGCAGUACACCGAACAUAAGGCGCAGACUACGGUCGCACGGUUCUCGCCGUCUGGAUUCUACGUCGCUAGCGGUGAUGCAGCUGGUCUAGUUCGAGUCUGGGACUGCGUCGGUGAAGGGCAUACGAAGGGAGAAUACAGUAUUGUCAAUGGCAGGAUCAAUGAUCUCGCAUGGGACGGGGAUUCCCAGCGUAUAAUCGCCGUAGGUGAGGGGAAGCAACGCUAUGGCCACUGCAUUACUUGGGAUAGUGGAAAUACUGUCGGGGAAAUCUAUGGCCACACCCAACAGAUUAACGCAGUCUCAAUCAGGCAACAGCGACCUCUGCGAGCUGCUGCUGCUGGUGAUGAUAAGAAUUUAGUAUUCUACCAUGGAGCGCCCUUCAAGUUCAAUACAGGUAUCCGUGACAAGCACACUAAUUAUAUUUAUGGUGUCGGCUUCAGUCCAGAUGGCUCAACGCUGGUUAGCGUUGGUGCUGACCGAAAGAUCUGGCUCUAUGAUGGCAAGACGGGAGAGCCAAGGGGCCAGGUUGGGGAAGGUGAGCAUAAGGGUAGUAUUUUCAGUGUUUCAUGGUCCAAGGACUCUCGGAAGUUUGUAACUGCGAGUGCCGACAAGACGGUCAAGGUAUGGGAUGUGGAAGCCGGUAAAGUUUCACAAACCUGGAACAUUGGAGGGGAGGGAAGUACAGAUGUCAAAGACCAGCAGGUCGGUGUGGUUUGGCCUCCGGGCAGAAGUGACAAUCUGCUCAUCAGUUUGUCACUAGGUGGCAACCUGAAUUACCUUGUUGAAGGUACUCCCGAACCUAGACAACUUCGACGGCAGAGUCUGCAGCUGGGACGUGCUACUGGAACUGCGGAGGAGGCGGACGGUGAGAGUCACUCGACGUACAUCGCAGGCCUUGCGCCGACACAAGAAGGCAAUGGUAGAAUCUACAGCGUGGCCUGGGAUGACACCAUUAGAUCCGUGGACGUCGGAGCUAAAACGUACACCGGAAGCUCUUCCAAGUUAUCUGGACAGCCCAAGGGUAUUGCUGCAGCUGUAGUGGUAUUGGUAGGGACCUCAGAGAGCGUUGAGAUCUACAAAGAUGGCCAGAAGAUCGGCGACUUCAAAUCAAAGUUUCCCAUCACUACUGUGGCAGCACAUGGAAGCACUGCAGCCAUCGGUGGCGAUGAUUCAAGUAUUCAAAUCUGCGAGAUCUCGGGCGCUACUUUGAUUCCAAAGACGGAUUUUAAAGCUUCUCGAAAUCCCGUGUCUGCAUUGGCUUUCUCGCCGAAUGGUUCCCUGCUGGCUGUUGGCGAUUCGCGUGGUCGCGUUCUCGUUUACAAGGUUGCCGAUGCCAGUCUAGUCACAGACCGUUGGACGGCACAUACUUCACGGAUCACCUCUAUUGCAUGGAACGAAGAUGGUACACAUGUUGCGAGCGGAGCGUUGGACACCAAUAUAUUCGUGUGGAGCCUGGCCAAUCCUGGAGAAUGGCUUCAAGCUACUAAUGCUCACAAAGAAGGUGUCAACGGUGUAGCUUGGGUGUCGGGGUCGAAGAUUGCAUCGGCUGGCGCGGAUGCAGCAGUCAAGUUGUGGAAACUGCGGCAGGCGACAUUUGUUUUACCGAAAACCGGUCAACGCUUGAGAGGUCUGGUUACUUUACGAAACCCUCAUUUCCAACCGAAUGGCCACAACGAUGAAGAACGCCGCGGGCUGCUCUCCGGACAGUAUUCCGUGGAUCGUGAAGGGAUACCUUUACGCUUAUGGAGAAAGGUGCGAGAGGCAGAACUUUGGAUACAUCAAGUUGUUUCUACUGAGCUAGGAAUCGGAGUCCUGAAAUGCAGCCUAGCUUACUUAUUGGGGUCGCUUGCAACUUUCGUGCCAGCGAUCGCUUCGUGGCUAGGCCAUCAAGAUGGCAAGCAUGUCGUGGCCACCGUUACAGUCUAUUUCCACCCAGCAAGGUCUCAAGGAAGCAUGUACAAGGCAUCAAUUUGUGCCUUCCUAGCAUUUCUCUACGCCGCCUUCAUCUCUUUGACAAGCAUGUGUGUCUCUAGAUUCUUUCAGGACACCCUUGACCUACUCCCACUCGGUCAUGCUAUAGUUCUUAUAGUCUUCUGUGGAGGUGGUUUAGGAUUUAUUGGAUGGAUAAAACAAAGACUGGGUGACCCCCUUGUGAAUGUCGCCUGUUCCCUCGCUUCGCUGUCGUCCAUUACUGUCUUGACAAAAGAAGGCGCAGUACAGAAUGGGGACUUGUCGUUCGCUAAAAUUUUCCAGGUUUUGAAAAUGGUCGUGAUGGGCGUAGCUGCAGCCAUGGCUGUGUCAUUUAUGAUAUUUCCAAUAUCAGCGCGGAAAAAACUACGGGUAAACCUCACUACUGUCACCGAGACGCUAGCAACGAUGCUAGCCUUGAUUACCGAGAGCUUCCUUACCGGAUCUGAAGAGGAGCUUCAGACUGAAGAAUACCUAAGUGCAGCUGCACGCCAUAAGCAGGCAUACAGCCAGCUUGACAGACUGGUAAGAGAAGCGAAACUGGAGCAUUUUGUUGCAGGUACAGAGAGACAGUACAGGCUAGAGAAAAACCUUGUACGCUGGGUACAGGAUAUAACUCAUAACAUGGGCGGCUUGCGCAGUGCGGCUCUCCUGCAAUUUCAGCUGCUAAAGCAAACCAAACUUGCCAGGCCGACCCAGUACAAUAGCGAAGCAGCAGUUAUAAACGGGGUUUACCGAGGAUCAUUACCUAGUCCAUGGUCACUACAUGAGGAACGGCCAAUUUUAGAGUCGAUAGAUGAGAGGCCAGAAGAAGAAGUCUUGGAUUCGGAUAGAAACAGGUCUUUUUCAAGUCUGGGAAGAGACCCUUCUAAUUCAGAGCCUGAUCACGUUCUUCUUCCUGCGGACAUUUUCGCAUUAUUUAUCGGUCAUUUAGGGCCAUCGAUGAGAUCGCUUGCAUUCACUUUGAAAGAAAUUUUUAAGGAGAUUCCUUUCAAACCUGCACCGGAUUACAGGGUCGCAAUCAAUAGUAGGUUCCGCACCAGUCUUGACCGGGCACUUGAUCUCUAUCGAGAAUCCCGAGAAGAAGCGUUGAAGACUAUAUAUCGACAGAAGGACGUCCUAGAUAUCCAGACCCUUGAAGUCGAAGCGGAUCUGGAGGAAGUUGCUGCCAGUUGCGGCCAUUUUAGUUUUUCGCUUCUGGAGUUCGGUGAGCAGCUGAAGGAUCUGUUAGCAAUCCUUGAUGAACUGCAGCUUGAAGCUGAGGAGAGGCCCAAUGGCAGGUCCUGGAACUGGCUGAGGUUUUGGUGUCGACGAAAUGCUUGGGUAAAAGCAAAGGAUACCGAGCAGCCAUUGGUUGAAGCAGAUUUCAUACAAGGUGGUGUUGAACCUCAACUGGAGGUCGGCAACGCUGAGUCACACAGUAAAACAUUGUCAUCAUCUCUCCAUCCGGGAAACGUAUCGGGGAAAAAGGGCUUCGGUUAUCGUAUCUGGAAGUCACUCAAGAUCCUUCGACGGGAUGAUACCAAAUUUGCCAUCAAAGUAGGUACAGGUGCGGCGCUGUAUGCUUUGCCGUCAUUUCUCCCGUCUACAAGACCGUUCUACUCUCACUGGAGAGGCGAAUGGGGUCUUUUGUCAUACAUGCUAGUUUGUUCGAUGACCAUCGGUGCUUCAAAUACCACCGGAUAUGCCCGUUUUUUGGGUACCUGCUUAGGGGCACUCUGCGCCGUCGUUUCGUGGUACGUGACAGGUGGGAAUAUGUAUGGCCUCGCAUCUCUGGGGCUAUUCAUGGCUACGUGGACAUCUUAUCUCAUAAUAGUCAAGGGGCAGGGUCCGAUGGGCCGCUUCAUCAUGCUUACUUAUAACCUCUCGGUAUUGUACGCGUACUCCCUCAGCCAGAAGGAAGGGAACGAUGACCAGGACGAAGGAGGCGAGAGUCCGAUUAUAACUGAGAUAGCUCUUCAUCGUGUUGCAUCUGUUCUGUCUGGCUGUAUCUGGGGUAUUAUCAUCACACGAGUGAUUUGGCCCAUCAGCGCUAGGACGAGAUUGAAGGAUGGUCUAAGUCUUUUAUGGCUUCGAAUGAGUCUGCUCUGGAAACGCGGCCCCCUGUCUACCAUGACUAGCAACACAGAUAAUUCGGUUUUCAUGAGCCCAAGAGAGAAACUGGAGAUUGAACGAUUUCUUUCGCGCUUGGAGUCUCUUCAGGCGUCCGCCCGCUCCGAGUUUGAGCUGAAAAGCCCAUUCCCUGAUUUGGCGUACAGUAACAUUCUCCGCCGCACAAGGAGUAUGGUGGACGCUUUUCUUGCGAUAAAUAUUGAGCUUGAUAAAAAUAUGACAUCAUCUGAAGGCGAACUUAGUAUUCUCCAAUAUACCGACAAGGAAAGACAGCAAUUGUCGUCGCGCAUCAGCCAUCUGUUGUCAGUAAUGGCUUCCUCUAUGAAACUCGAGUACCCGCUAAGCGACGUCCUUCCCAGCAUUGAGCAUGCUCGAGAUCGGCUUCUUGCCCGCCUCUUCCACUAUCGCAAGGACCAUGAAGCAUCCCGCCUGUCUACAGACGAGGAUUAUGCGUUAUUGUAUGCUUACAUUUUAGUAACUGGUCAAUUGUCGACAGAGAUUGAGGGGAUCAUGGCGGAAAUCAGCUGGUUGUUUGGAGUACUCGACGAAGAUAUUAAGACGAAGCACAAGUAA